UUAUACUAUAUAAAUCUGGCCUAUAAAACCGAUCUGUUUGCCCCGCGUUAGUUCAAUCUGUUAAACGGAGAUGAUCAAGGAGGGUAUUUGCUUAGUUUUGAUGCUGUUAAUGGUCGAUGGCUUGCCUGUUGGAGUCAAGCGGUACAGAAUGACCCUGGUGUCCUUUUCCCAGACGAAUGUUUCCGGAGUUUUUGAUACCAGCAAAGUGCGUUUGAUUGGACGUGAACGUUUGGCCAACGGAACCGUAAUUCUAAACGAGGAUAUGGAUGAUGAGCACUGGAGUUUGUCGGGGCAGCUUUCUGUCGAUUCAUUUGGCGAUGGCCACUACAAGCUGCUGCCCUUCUACAUUCCUAUCACACCGAUGUGCCAGGCAUUUAAAAAAUAUCGACAGUACUUUUCCCAUCAUGCCGAAUAUGGAACACAAACCGAUUUUCCCGCCCACAUGGAUGUCUGCCCUGUUCCAAAGGGUUCUUACUAUAUGAAAAACGUUGGUCUUAGAGGAGACGACUAUCCUACUCUGAUGCAGCGUGGCUAUUAUCAGGCCAAUGGAACUUUUUACUACGACGGUCAAGAUGUGGGAACUUACACGAUCAAUGCACUUCUAGAGGAUGACGAAUAAAGAUUUAUUAUUUAAAUAUAAAAUUUAUGAAAAAGUUGAAAAAUAUCAAUGAAAAAGGGGAUUUAUUGGAAUUUCAUUACAGAAUAUAUAUUUCUAUGGGCAGCCUGAUACUGCCUGCAAGUUUCUACAAAAAUAGGCGCCC